CUUUUGAGAGCGAGUGACAAAAAUGGGGGACAUCAAAAUUAAAUGAUGAAUCCAUUAUUGAGCAGGUUGCAUGUGAAAAGAUGAGCGAGUGGAGAUGAAAGUGAAUGGCUGAUAGAGGAGUAAGAAGAGCCCCACGGGGUAAAGAACUGCUCCCAUGUUUUUACUGUUACAGCUCCCAGAGUACACACAAAGUCAUGCGAACACACAGACGCUCACUUUGCGCUGCUCACGCAAUUAAACUACAUGGUGUUUGACUGCUGAUAGCUUUUAUCCUCAUCUCUAUAACUAUGCUAAAUUGAAUCCGUCAAUUAGUUUUCCUUCCUGUUUGUGGAGAAAACUUGGCAAGCUUCUCUCCACACUUUGUCCUCAUCCACUAACAGCCUGUACUUCCUGUUAGUCAUGUAGAUUGCAGAACCUCAGCGGCAGAUGUAGCGUUUUAUCGCACCAGCUGUCAGGGAGGAAAGAGUUACCAGCUCACCUAAUAAAAACAUUAAUUAUAAUCACACAGAACUUUGGUUUACAGGUUACGAUUGAUUGAAGAGGCAGUGAAGUCUUUUGCCGUUUCAGAAAUAUGGACAUCAUGUACUCUCCUCACUCCAGUCAGUCAGUGUUGUUCCGUCUGUGUUCUUAUCAACUGAUGCCCAGAUUGGACCAAAACAAAUUCUUAAGUAAAUCUCAAAACACUGAGAGGGAGUGAGGCUGGGAGAUUUGUUUCCAUGGCAACUACGCAGUAAGCCUUGCAUGGCUUCUCGGCAUGUGUGUAAUACCAAUAUCGCAUAAAACAACUCUUGUGUGUCCCACGGAAUUUUGUUUUUCUUAUCAGGGUGACAAAAAGAAUCAUACUGAGGACAUUAAGGACAGAAAGAACGUGAGCCGCCACGCUGCGAGCCAUGAGCCCUCCACCUGUGUCCAGGAUAUGAGCUGAGAAGCCUGUCAUCGAGCUACAGCCACUGUGCCCCCUCUGAUCUACCACUGCAAUCAGUUACACAUAAAAACACUGAACACAUUUCGGUUUUUCAUUUGUGUCUGCAGCCACUGUAUAUAAUCACUUUUAUGAAUGAAGUCAAUGAAAAAUCUUGCCUACAUGUAUUUGUUUGCACACACACCCUGAAACGGUUAAUACCAGGACUUCAUCCAAAUUUCUGGUCCAGAUGAUUCAUCUCACAUCCUCAUAAACUCCUCCUCACCUCGUCUGAAUCCACUCCUGUGACCUGUGAGGAUUAUGAGGCCGAUUUUGGUGUUUCUACAGACACAGUGUCUCCUGUGUGUGUUUGUCGGUGUAUGUGUGCCGGGCGUGGUGGGCUCGCUACCUCAUGCGCUACCGUGGCACGUCUCCUGCCCAUCGCGGUGCGUGUGUCAGAUCAAGCCGUGGUUCUCCCCAGAUUCCGUCUACCAUGAAGCUCCCACUGUGGACUGCAACGACUUGCUGUUGACCAAGCUCCCGUUGCCCAUACCCACGGACACACACACGCUUCGCCUGCAGAGUAACCUUCUGUCUGAGGUCGACACUGCGGUGCUGCAUGGACUCCCCAACCUCACUGACCUUGAUCUUUCCCAGAAUCGCUUCAGUCGUGUCAGGACAAUAACUCAGAGCUCCAGCCUGCCAGUUCUGCUGUCUCUACACCUGGAGGAAAACCAUCUCAGUCGCCUCCCUGAUGCCUCGUUCUCCUCGCUGCCAGCUUUGCAGGAACUCUUUCUCAGCCACAACAACUUACACUCAAUAGCACCCGGAGCCUUCACCGGUCUGGACUCCCUACUGCGUCUGCAUAUCAACAACAACAGACUCACCACUAUUGAUCCUCGGUGGUUCAGGGCUUUGCCUCACUUGGAAGUUCUCAUGCUCGGGGGAAACCCUGUGGAGGUCCUACCUGAGCGGGGCUUCCUGGCCUUGAAAUCCCUCCGCAGUCUUGUGCUUGGUGGUAUGGGUUUGAGAUGCUUGGCUGAAAAAGCCCUGGAAGGGUUGGAAGGCUUGGAGAGCCUGUCCUUCUAUGAUAACCUGUUGACAAAGGUCCCCACUCAGGCCCUUAGGAGAGUGCCAGGUCUGAAGUUCCUCGACCUCAACAAGAACCGCAUCAAACUGAUCGAGACAGGAGACUUCCAAGACAUGAUCCACCUGAAGGAACUUGGCCUGAACAACAUGGAGGAGCUGGUGUCCAUUGAGAAAGCCGCUUUGGAGAACCUUCCGGAGCUCACCAAGCUCGAGAUCACCAACAACCCGCGACUGUCCUACAUUCACCCGCAGGCUUUCCUCCAGCUGAGCAGGCUGGAGAGUCUAAUGCUCAACUCUAACUCUCUGAGUGCUCUGCACCAGCACAUCAUGCUCUCCCUGCCGAGACUUCAGGAGGUGAGCCUACACUCCAAUCCACUACGAUGUGACUGCCUGUUUCACUGGGCCGCCGAGGAGGCCUCUCACCCUCACAUAGAUGACACACAGACAGACACGCGAACGCCCCGGAUGGUGCGUUUCAUCCAACCCCAGGCCACACUGUGCUCUGAGCCACCAGAGCUGAGAGCCCGCAGGGUGAGAGAGGUGUCCUCCAGGGAGAUGUCAGCCUCGUGCCUCCCCAUGAUCCCUACCAGCUCCCUCCCCUCAUACGUCGGGGUGAGAGAAGGAGGGAAACUGAUCUUGCACUGCCGAGCUCUUGCAGAUCCACAGCCUGAACUGUACUGGGUGACUCCCUCUGGACUGAGACUCGGUCCUGCACCGAGCCAUGCAUCCAAAAGUUUACCAGUUCCCGCUCCCUGCCACAGCCUGUCAACCUCUGAAGGAUUCAACCACACAUCCACCUCCAGCAUCUCUACCAGCCAUGCUCCAGAUGAUACUCCCUGUAAUCCCUCCAAACACUACAGGCUACUGCCUGAGGGAACUCUGGAGAUAAAUAAGGUCACCCCCAGUGAGGCAGGGUUGUACACCUGUGUAGCUGAGAAUGCACUGGGAGCUGAUACGCGCAGCGUUGCUGUGGGUGUUCAUGGCAGAGAAAAGAAGAGAAAGAAAGGGAUGGCUGCUUACAUGAAGAGAAACCCACUAUUCAGAGCGGAUGCCAGGUUGGAGGUAAGAGAAGUCGGACAACACUACGCCAUCCUGUCCUGGCAGAGCGGGCGCAACCUCCCAUCAACACGUCUGUCCUGGCAAGCCAUAUACUCAAAUGUACACACGCCUACAUACACCACACGUAUCCUGGCGGGCACACAAAGCUUCAACCUGACCCACCUGCAGGCAGAGACAUUUUACCGAGUGUGUCUACAUUUAGGCAUCAGUGAGGGCGCCAAGCGCACCAGUAGGAGAUCAAGAGAGAGCAAAAAGACUGAAUGUGUUUCAUUCAGGACAAAGGAUGUUCCAGAGCCUCAGCCCAGCCUGCAGCUAAGUCCAGAGCUCACCUCCACAGCAGUCACACUACUGCUCCUCGCACUCAUCUUGCUGCUGCUGGCAGGUCAGGGCUGGGACAGUGAGCCCGGUGAGGGGGCAGGAAAGGACCCCAGUACCAUCCUGCAGGAAGUCAAAAGCCCCAAGGCUCUGAUCGUCAAUCACAAGACAGAUGGGCGCAACGAACACCAGCCAAAGCUGAAUGAGAAACUGCUGUUACAUCAGGACUGCUGAGAUAAUUAUGUUUGAGCACAUUAAACCCAGACGAGAAACAGUGACACACACACACACACACACACACACACACACACACACU